UCCGUGAUUGGUCAGAUGCUCAGAGGCGGGCUCCGAGCGCAGCGCGUGUUCGGAGUGGGCGCAGAUUGGGGCUCGCGCGGCGGCAUGUCCCGCGAUGGUGGGGCUGCGCGUGAGGACGCGAGGAGAGAGCCGGGUACCGCUGCCGCCGGCUCGUUCAGGUUCAGCCCGGAGCCCACGCUCGAGGACAUCCGACGCCUCCAUGCAGAAUUUGCUGCUGAACGGGACUGGGACCAGUUCCACCAGCCACGGAAUCUCCUGCUGGCCUUGGUGGGGGAAGUGGGAGAGCUGGCGGAGCUCUUUCAGUGGAAAUCUGAUGCGGAGCCUGGCCCCCCAGCGUGGCCCCUGAAGGAACGGGCAGCCCUUCAAGAGGAGCUCAGCGAUGUCCUCAUCUACUUGGUGGCAUUAGCAGCCCGCUGCCACGUGGAUCUGCCCCAAGCAGUGCUCUCCAAAAUGGACACCAACCGGCAGCGUUACCCCGUCCAUCUGUCCCGCGGCUCUGCUCGAAAGUACACAGACUUGCCCCGCGGGACCAUCUCUGAAGAGCAGGCUUCGGCGCCUGCAGACCUGGCCUGUGAACCCACAAGCCAGGGCACAACCCAGAACACGGGCCCACCGGCUGCAGCUCAGCACGGCAGCUGAAGACCACAGGGCGGCCCUGCUGUGGAACUUGUCUUAGUCCUUUCCUAACGGGUCUUGGGGCUGAGGGCCCCGCUUCCUGAUGUCAGGGGCCCGAGAGCUUCCAGAAGAUAGUUUCUCCCCCAAUAAAAGUUAUGGACAACAA